UUUUUUUUUUUUUGCGCUUCAUGCGCGCGUAAAGACAAAUGAUGUCAACUUUGAUGUGAAAAGCCGUGCAGGUCGACCAGGAGUUGUCGGCUGCUCGUCGGAUUUCAUCAUGAAUUAUUUUGUGCAGCUGUGUGCCAUGGGUGGAGGAGGCCAGCUGACGGACCCUGCAGAGCCCGGCGGGGUUUUCACCUGGGAGGAGGUGCAGACCCACAGCCAGAGGAGCGACCAGUGGCUGGUCAUCGACAGGAAGGUCUACAACAUCACCCAGUGGGCCAAGAAGCACCCUGGUGGGCACCGGGUCAUCAGCCACUAUGCUGGAGAGGACGCCACGGAGGCAUUUACUGCUUUCCAUCCUGAUCAGAAGUUUGUGCAAAAAUUUCUGAAGCCUCUGCUCAUCGGAGAGCUGGCAGCAACAGAACCGAGCCACGACCGCAACAAAAACGCCGCAGCCAUACAGGAUUUCCACACUUUGCGUGCACAGGCAGACAGCAAGGGCCUGUUUCGGGCACGGCCUCUGUUCUUCUGUCUCCACCUAGGACAUGUCCUGCUGCUGGAGGCUCUGGCCUGGGUCCUCGUCUGGGUUUGGGGCACGAGCUGGACGCUGACUCUGCUGUGCUCCGUCCUUCUGGCUACUGCCCAGUCUCAGGCUGGAUGGCUGCAGCAUGACUUCGGCCACCUGUCCGUCUUCAACAAGUCCAGCUGGAAUCACGUAUUUCACAAGUUCAUCAUCGGUCACUUAAAGGGAGCCUCUGCCAACUGGUGGAACCAUCGACACUUCCAGCAUCACGCAAAGCCCAACAUCAUCAGCAAGGACCCAGACAUCAACAUGUUGCACAUCUUUGUGUUGGGAACCACUCAGCCAGUGGAGUAUGGCAUCAAAAAGAUAAAACACUUGCCCUAUCACCGACAACACCAGUACUUCUUUCUGAUUGGACCACCGCUACUCAUUCCAGUGUACUUUCAUAUUCAAAUAAUGCGCACCAUGAUUUCACGCAAGGACUGGGUGGAUUUGGCGUGGUCCAUGUCAUACUAUCUUCGUUACUUCUGCUGUUCGUUGCCGCUUUACGGCCUGUUUGGCUCUGUGGUGCUCAUCAGCUUUGUCAGGUUUCUGGAGAGCCACUGGUUUGUGUGGGUGACACAGAUGAACCAUCUGCCAAUGGAUAUUGACCACGAGAAGCGUCGGGACUGGCUGACCAUGCAGUUACAAGCCACCUGUAAUAUUGAACAUUCCUACUUCAACGACUGGUUCAGUGGACACCUGAACUUUCAAAUUGAACACCACCUGUUUCCCACGAUGCCUCGCCACAACUACCACCUGGUGGCGCCAGCCGUACGAGCUCUGUGUGAGAAACAUGGGAUUCCUUACCAGGUAAAGACGAUGUGGCAAGGACUUACUGAUGUUGUCAGGUCACUGAAAACUUCUGGGGACCUCUGGCUUGAUGCAUAUCUUCACAAAUAACAUAUUCAAAUGUCUGCACAAAAUAGUUUUGCUGCUCUGAGUUAUUUUAUAGAUAUAUUUGUUUGUGAAAGUAAGUUGCAUGAAUAGUUUAUUUCUUUUACUGCUAGUGUAAGUGCUGAUUUUACCAUUCUCAUUCUGAGCAGGGUUUUAAAUUUUUAUUUUGUUCUGAAAAAUUCCUUUUACAUUGUCUAAGACUUUCUUUAAUUCAUAUAUAUAUGAAUUAAAGAAAGUUUUGAAAAUGUGACUUAUUUGAUGUUUUUUUCUGUCAUGAUUUACAAUUUGAACAAUUAAACUGGACUGAGAAUGUUAAUUUGGAGUGUACAUACUUUUAAAUGUGUGUGUGCAUGCAUUAUUUAUUUAUGUACACACAUUCAAAAAAUUACUCUUACCCUAAAUAGUGAAUAUUUACUUAUUACAUUAUUACAUUUAACUUUUUAGCAUGACAAAA